AUGAUUCACGACGCAGUAAACCCAUACCAGGACCGGGCUGACUCGGAGUCGGGGUAUAAUGAGAAGAAGUUCCUCGAUGAGACGCCUCAGUAUCAGGAUGCUUUUGGUGAUGAGGAGGGUGCGGAGGUCAAGUAUAAGACUAUGAAGUGGUGGCAAACCGGAAUGUUCAUGAUUGCCGAAUCCGUCUCCUUGGGUGUCUUGUCUCUGCCCAAAACCCUGGCCCAGCUUGGUCUUGCCCCGGCUCUCGUCCUGAUCAUCGGACUCGGACUUCUCGCUACAUACACUGGAUACACGAUCUUCCAAUUCCGCAUGCGCUACCCCCACAUUCAAAACUUGGGCGAUGCAGGCGAGGUUCUAUUCGGUGUUUUUGGACGCGAGCUGUUUGGUAUGGGCCAGCUGCUCUUCUCGAUCUUCAUUAUGGGAAGUCACAUUCUGACUUUCAGUGUGAUGAUGAACACUGUCACGGAGCACGGCACUUGCACGAUGGUUUUUACCUUCGUCGGAUUCGUUAUCUGCUUCGUUUGCUCUUUGCCUCGCACCAUGAAGAACAUGACCCAUAUCUCGUGCAUGUCCUUCGUCAGUAUUCUGACUGCAGUCAUCAUCACUAUGGUUGCAGUAGGCGUCCAGAACACCGGUGGUCAGAAUCUCAGAGCUACUAUCGACACCGAUCUGUUCCGGGCUUUCAGCGCCGUCACCAACAUUGUCUUUGCCUACUGCGCCCAUGUUGCUUUCUUCGGUCUGAUUGCUGAGAUGGAGGAGCCGAGAGACUUCCCCAAGGCUCUGAUCAUGCUGCAGUCCUUCGAGAUAAUCUUCUACACCGUUGCUGCGGUCGUAAUUUACUACUACGUUGGCCAGGAGGUCAUGUCCCCCGCUUUGGGAUCUGCAGGACCUGUCCUCAAGAAGGUUGCAUACGGUAUCGCCAUUCCAACUAUCAUUGGUGCUGGUGUCGUCAACGGCCACAUCGGUCUCAAGUACAUUUACGUCCGCAUCUUCCGCGGAACUGACCGCAUGCACAAGCGUGAUCUGGUCGCCAUUGGCUCCUGGGUUGCCAUUGCCUUUACAUGCUGGGUUAUCGCCUGGAUCAUUGCCGAUGCUAUUCCGGUCUUCAGUGACCUGCUGAGUCUGAUUAGCUCGCUUUUCGCUAGUUGGUUCAGCUACGGUCUCGGUGGUGUGUACUGGCUGCACAUCAACAAGGGCAGAUGGUUCUCUUCCCCUCGGAAGAUUGCGCUCACUGCUGUUAAUGUGUGUAUCGUCCUGAUUGGUGGUUGCAUGUGUGGUCUCGGUCUGUAUGUUUCUGGCAAGGCUAUUCAUGACAAUGCCUCCAGCAACAGCUUCUCUUGCGCUAGCAAUGCCGAGGUGUGA